AUGACGGACGCAAAGGUAUCGACGGUGCAGAUGGACGAUGGGGCCAAGCUAUAUGUCAAACUCCACAGCGACACUGCAGACAAGACAAAGCCAUUGCUCAUUGGCCUCCAUGGAGCCCAGGGACUCAUUACCCACGCUGAACUCGAUGCUUCCCUCCGUUACCUAUCCUCCAGUUUCCGUGUGCUGGUAUUUGAUGGUCGAGGCAGCGGUGCGUCGGACAAGGUUGGGCCUUGUACGCACGAACGCUGGAUGAAGGACAUUGAGAAUCUCAGGGCCUGGGCGGGCGCUGAAACCUUUGUACUUGCCGGCCACUCAUACGGAGGCUUUCUGGCCCUCGAUUACGCUGUCAAUCAUCCCGACCGGUUGCGCGGCUUGGCUUUGAUUGACACCUGGACCGUGGGAACCUUGGGGGCCAUGACCGCGUUGGCGAACAUCUUGACGUCCGACAGAGUUCAUGUGGACAAAGCACGCCAAGUUCGAGUCUGGUCUGGGAACCUCCUCAGCGACCAGGACUAUCAAGAAGGCAUUACAGAGCUUAUCCCUUUUUACGCGCCACCCGAACAUGCUGCAAUCAAGCACUCGGCACCGGAGGCCACAGAAUCCACUGAAGGGUUUGCGAGGCUUCAUUUUCAUUUCGAAACGCAAAACUGGGCCUUCGGUUACAAUAUGCCUCGCUUCGACGUGCGACAACAGCUCAAAGAUAUCAAGGCCCCAACGCUAGUUACUGUCGGCCGUUAUGACUAUGUCACCCCCGUGAGCUUUGCCCAAGAGCUCGAAAGCGGCAUUCCCGAUUCAAGUCUGGAGAUCUUUGAGCAUUCAGGGCACAGCCCUCAGUCGGACGAGCCAGAGAAGUUUCGCCAGGUGUUGCUGGACUUCUUGAAGGCUAGGGUGCUGUGA